CCAUCUUCGAAUCUAACGGUCAGCUCACUCUAUCUGUCCCUUUGUGCAGACGAGAAAUCAAUGGGAGUUGGUGGCUACUAACUGCCUUACUCCUACCUAAUCUCCACGCUGGAUUAUAUCAAGUAAACUCAUUCUCUCCUUCUCUUCACAUUAUCAAACAAAGAGGGUUGUUUCACCAACCUCGCCCUCUCACUCACUUCACCCAGCCAAAAACAAUGGCCUCUACUUCGUCUCUCACCCUAUCUCAAGCCCUCCUGGCUCGCGCCAUCUCUUACCAUGGCUCCAUCCAAUCCUCUGACCACCGCGUCUCUCUCUACGCCCUCUCUCUCCCCUCUUUCUCCGGUCUCAAAUGGACUACCUCACGCGCCUCCACUUCCCGUCGACGCCUUCCCACGCGUUCCAACCAGAAACGCCAAGUCCGGGCUGCAGUCGUCGAAACAAUUGGCACCGCCGCCCAGACUUCCUUGGUGGAGAAAUCGAUCAACACGAUCAGAUUCUUGGCUAUUGAUGCUGUCGAGAAGGCAAAUUCAGGCCAUCCUGGGUUGCCCAUGGGUUGUGCUCCGAUGGGCCACAUUUUGUACGAUGAAAUCAUGAGGUACAACCCGAAGAACCCUUAUUGGUUCAACCGUGACCGUUUCGUGUUGUCCGCUGGUCACGGUUGUAUGUUGCAGUAUGCUCUGCUUCACCUCGCUGGUUACGACAGUGUCCAGGAAGAUGAUUUGAAGAAUUUUCGUCAGUGGGGAAGCAGAACCCCAGGACAUCCCGAGAACUUUGAAACACCUGGAGUUGAAGUCACAACUGGUCCUCUUGGUCAAGGUAUUGCAAAUGCUGUGGGAUUGGCUCUUGCAGAGAAACACUUGGCUGCUAGAUUCAACAAGCCAGACAAUGAGAUCAUUGACCACUACACAUAUGUUAUUUUGGGAGAUGGUUGUCAAAUGGAGGGUAUUGCAAACGAAGCUUCUUCACUUGCUGGACACUGGGGACUUGGAAAGCUUAUAGCUUUUUAUGAUGACAACCAUAUUUCCAUUGAUGGUGACACUGAAAUUGCCUUUACUGAGAAUGUUGGUAUGCGUUUUGAGGGGCUUGGGUGGCAUGUUAUAUGGGUUAAGAAUGGAAACACUGGCUAUGAUGAUAUUCGUGCUGCUAUUAAGGAAGCAAAGGCUGUCAAAGACAAACCCACCUUGAUCAAGGUGACAACUACCAUUGGUUAUGGAUCUCCGAACAAGGCAAACUCGUACAGUGUACACGGUAGUGCACUUGGUGCCAAGGAAGUGGAUGCUACUAGGAAAAACCUUGGAUGGCCAUAUGAGCCUUUCCAUGUACUUGAAGAUGUUAAAGAGCAUUGGAGUCGCCAUACCCCUCAGGGUGCUGCUCUUGAAGCUGAAUGGAAUGCCAAGUUUGCUGAAUAUGAGAAGAAGUAUAAAGAAGAAGCUGCAGAGCUCAAGUCAAUCAUCACUGGUGAACUACCAGCUGGCUGGGAGAAGGCACUUCCGACAUACACUCCAGAAAGCCCAGCUGAUGCUACCAGAAAUCUCUCUCAACAAAAUCUCAAUGCCCUUGUAAAAGUACUCCCCGGUCUUCUUGGUGGAAGUGCAGACCUUGCUUCUUCCAAUAUGACCUUGCUCAAAAUGUACGGUGAUUUCCAGAAGGACACCCCUGAGGAACACAAUGUUAGGUUUGGAGUUAGGGAACAUGGAAUGGGAGCCAUCUGCAAUGGCAUUGCCCAUCACAGCCCUGGCCUGAUCCCAUACUGUGCUACUUUCUUUGUCUUCACUGACUACAUGAGAGCUGCCAUUAGGAUUUCUGCCUUGAGUCAAGCUGGAGUUAUCUAUGUUAUGACCCAUGAUUCCAUUGGUCUUGGGGAAGAUGGACCAACCCACCAGCCAAUUGAGCACUUGGCAAGCUUCCGUGCAAUGCCUAACAUUUUGAUGCUUCGUCCAGCUGAUGGAAAUGAAACUGCUGGUGCAUACAAGGUUGCUGUCCUCAACAGGAAGACACCCUCAAUUCUUGCCCUCUCCCGACAAAAGCUGCCUCAACUAGCUGGAACUUCCAUUGAGGGGGUUGAAAAAGGUGGCUACAUUGUUUCAGACAAUUCCUCAGGCAACAACCCCGAUGUAAUUCUGAUUGGAACUGGUUCUGAGUUGGAGAUUGCUGCUAGAGCCGCAGAUGAACUAAGGAAGGGAGGAAAGGCCGUUAGGGUUGUCUCCCUUGUUUCAUGGGAGCUCUUUGAUGAGCAACCAGAUGCCUAUAAGGAAAGUGUUUUACCAUCUUCUGUAUCAGCUAGGGUGAGUAUUGAGGCUGGAUCAACAUUUGGGUGGGAGAAGAUUGUUGGACCUAAAGGGAAGGCAAUUGGAAUUGACCGGUUUGGUGCAAGUGCACCAGCAGGGAGAAUAUACAAGGAAUUUGGUUUGACUCCAGAGGCUGUUGUUGCAGCAGCAAAAGAACUUUGCUAGGCUUGGUUAGAAGUCUCCGGAGAAACUUACACUGAAGAGGCCAUUCCAAUUGUGACACGGUCUCUUUCUUUUUAAUAAGAAACAGAAUCAAAAUUUCUCCAGUUGCUUAUGAUUCAUCAGUAGCAACACAGAGCAAAAAGGAGGGUAGAGUUUCUGUAUGUUUACCAAUUUGUAACUCCUUGGACUUUUCCCAGAGUUUUGCUAUACUUGUUGCUUUAAAUUAGCUUGCCCUUUUAUUUUUAUGUUAAAACGGAUUUGUCUACUAUUGUAAUUUUUGUUACUGGUCAAGAACCUCAUAAUCAUUAUUUUGAUCAAAUUUGCUUGGCCUUAAAUGUAACACGAGUUUGUAUAAUUUGGCUUUUCAAAAUAACCAAUUCGAUUAUCCACACUCAAUUGCUUAUUU